GCUGUAGCACAUGGUCUUAAUACGGUCUUAUCUUAAUAAUAGAAACUGAUUCUCUCUCAUUUUGUGAUUGAGUAUUGUCAACAAAGCAAGGUUGUAAUGGCAGAGUCCAGCGGAAAAGAAAAGGCUAGUCGAAAGAGAACUUUCACAAGCCACAGAAUAGACGACAUCUUGGGAACAGUAGAGCCACGCCAAACACGUGUUUCCACGAGGUUAUCUCCCUCGAGUGAAGAGACUGGUAGCAGCGAUUCUAGUGGACAGAAAAAUAUAAAAAAGAAGAGGAUGACUUACACCAAGCAGCAAAAGGAUGCUCUGGAGUCAUACUUUUAUCAAGAUAGUUAUCCCGAUACUCAGGCAAGAGAAAAUAUGUCAGAAGCUCUAGGAAUUACACCUGAAAAGGUUCAGGUCUGGUUUCAGAAUAGAAGAGCUAAGUGCCGAAAGAGAGAGUUGCCUUUACGGCGCAGCCACCAGCAGUGGUGCUACCCAAAUCCUGAACAGUAUGCUCUAAUGGUUGCCCAGCAGCAAGCAUUAAUGACACCUCCUCCAUUACAAGCUUCAUUCCAGCCUAUACCUACUAAUGAGGAGCAGCCAGAUGAAGCUACAGCUACGGAAGCCUCAACCUCACAAUAG